UUAAUUUCCCCCAUACCAAUUUUCCGUCUGCAAUGCAAUGCAUUCCCAUUGAUCCCACAGUGACUUCUCGUUUUUCUUUCGUUUUAUCUGUCUUUUUUAGGUGCAUGGCAGAGAAAAAUGAAGUCACGCGCCCUCGCUCACUCACUCUUCAGUCACAAAGAUAAUUCGUGGCUCCCUCUAAUGCUGGAACCAGCUGCUAGGGCAUAAGAGGAAAAGGAUAAAACUAAGCAUCAAUGAUCAAUCCUUUUGGACGAAAAAAGAUAUAUAUGGAGAUGUUGAACAAAUAUUUAUCCAACAUAACUUCAUCCUUUUAUAGUUCCAUAAUGUCAUGGAAACCCAAGCUAGCGUUCCCUUUGGACAAGGCCCCAAAACGACAGCGUACAGGCAAAGGCCAAGCAGGGCUCAAAACCCUACUUCCCUCAGAACAAAAACCACCCCCGAGAGUCGUACACCGCUGCGAAACAGUGGAAACCGCGAAGCCCAAACCAUCGGCACCGCCGCCGCAACCGCUAUCACCGUUGUGGCCACCGUACUCAGCGGCGUUCCCAAGCAUGCUGGGCGACGUGAUCGGAACGGAGAGCGGGGACUGCAUGAUCACCGAUUUUGAGGAAGUGAGAGCUGAGCCUCGAAAGGCGAGGUGCAGAGCGAGAAGCAAAAGGAACCGAGAGUUUCCACCACCGUUAACGUUCCUGAGAGAAACGGGAGAAAUGCCUUGGACUUUCAAAAGGGAAUAUGGCGGUGACGGAAGGUUAACCCUAACGGCGGAGAGACUCAGGCGUCACGAGUAUUGCAUUGAAGCGCGUCGAGAAGACGGGAGACUCGCCAUGAGGUUAGCCUCGGAAGACGGUGACGGUGACGGAGGUUACUCCAUCGAUGACGAGGAUUUUGAAUUUAACCAAGCGUUUCAGUUUGAGCGUGUUGAUGAAGAAGAACGUGGAUCUGGGUUUGAGGAAGAGUUGGCCAAGGAAGCUUCGUUUUCUAAUUUGGACUGUGAAGGUGGGCCUCCCGGGGAUUUACGUUUGUGCGUCACAUACGAAUAUGACGCUUCUGGGCUUCCAUUUGGAGAUCGUAAUGCCUACUUGGGCCGGCCUGCUUCUGCCCCUCUAAGGCCCAUGACCCCCGUCAUGUGAUUCUCAACUUUUCUUCUCUGGUCUAGUCUAGUGUAGCAAAAUAAAACCAAAUUUAUCUAAACAUAGAAAUGAAUCUCGACAGGGGGUGGACCAAAUUGAUGGUAGUCGCAGGUAGUGUUUUGCUCCUAAACUUUCGUGUGGACAUAUUCUAGACUCUAGAGCUGCUACAUUUGUCCAAGUUUUAUUUAAAGAUACAAAUCAUUGUUUCGCGUUGGUUAGGGAAUUAGGCACACCUUUUAGGUUAACCGAAUGCGUUCUAAAAUAAUUCA